CACAGUUCAAAGCACUUUGUUUCACAGUUCAGAGUGGGUCUGUUUUGUGAAUAUCAGCACUUAUAGAGGCGUUAUUAUUAUUUUUGAUUAUGAAAAUUUGCCAGACAAAGGAGAACCAUGAAAUCAGGGACUAUGAUACCAUUACAUCUUUCCUUGAAUCCUGGGGAGCAUUUCAGAGGAGGAUUUUUUUGGCAUUGGCCAUCAGCAUCCUACCGAAUGGAUUUACUGGAAUCUAUAUUGUAUUUGUAGGUGACACCCCAACUCAUGAAUGCCGCAUUCCAGAGAACAACAACAUCAGCGAGAUGUGGAGAAAUGUGACAAUUCCCCAGGAAACAAUUGAUGGUGUCACAAAGCGAAGCUCUUGCUGGAGGCUGAACCUACAAACAGUCAGAAACUACUCUCACAUGAACAUUACACCCAAUGUUGAUGUGAAUGCGAGUGAAAUUCCCUGGGAGAAGUGUCUAGACGGAUGGACAUACAGCAAAGAAGUCUACCAGUCAACAAUUGUUACAGAUUGGGACUUGGUAUGUGAUGACGCUUACAAAAUUCCACUGACAACCUCUAUUCAUUAUGUUGGGGUUCUAAUAGGAGCUAUGGUAUCAGGCCACAUGUCGGACAGGUUUGGAAGGAAGCCUAUUCUCUUUGUCAUGAUGGCUGUACAAACCAUAGCACUGACAGUACAGAUCUUCUCACCCAGCUGGGAGAUCUUUACCUUCAUCUUUUCCCUUGUGGGGGCUGGAUCCUUCUCCAACUACAUAAUAGCAUUUGUUUUAGGAUCCGAACUUCUCAGCCCCAGAACCCGAGUUGUGUUCUGUUCCCUUGGUGUUUUUAUGGGCUCCGCUGUAGGUUAUAUGGCCAUGCCUGCCGUGGCCUACUUCAUUCGUGAGUGGAGAUUGCUGCUGAUUGCAAUGGCUGCAUCUGGACUUAUCUACAUUCCUCUUUGGUGGUUACUCUCAGAGUCUCCUCGCUGGCUGCUUUCUCAGGGGAGAGUAGAAGAGGCUGAAGCCAUUCUUAGAAAAGCUGCAAAGAUGAAUAAAAUAGAAGUCCCUCAGGAGAUUUUUAGUCGAUUCGAGAUUGAAGAUGCUUUGUCCAAGAGAGAGGAAAAAACAAAUCCACUGGUCAUCCUGAAAAGCUGCAAUAUAGCAUCUAUUACAGCUGUGUGUGCCAGUCUUUGGAUGGUUAUCACCAUCAGCUAUUAUGCUUUGAUCCUCAACACUUCAAAUCUUCACGGUGACCCCUAUCUAACUUGCUUCCUGUCUGCUGUGACAGAGGUUCCUGCAUAUAUAUUUGCCUUGCUGCUGCUGCGGUUCUGCUCCAGGCAUAUUUGUCAGUCCUCCACUCUUUUCCUCGGAGGUGUAAUGAUACUCUGUGUUCGGCUCAUACCAUUCGAUUUACCCAGUGUGGCUAUAACUCUUGAGAUGUUUGGUAAAUUUGGAGUGACUGCAGCCUUCUGCGUGGUGUAUUCAGUCACAUCAGAGCUCUUCCCUACUGUUAUCAGAAAUACAGCAAUGGGUUGGUGUUCGAUGGCUGCCCGUAUUGCAACCAUCAUCUCUCCUUUCAUCAUUUAUCUAGGCAAAUACUACAAUGCCCUCCCAUACAUUGUGAUGGGUGUUUUAGCCAUUUGUGGUGGAAUAAUCUGCUUCAUACUGCCAGAGACCUAUGGGAAAGCACUGCCAGAGACCAUCCCUCAAAUGCAGCACAUGUGCGGGAAAGGAAGAACAAUGAAGGAAGCUGAGACUGUGGCAGAAGAAUGUAUUUCCCAAGCUAGAGAAACCAAGUUAUAAUUUGUUAUUAACAACUAUGACUUAGUAUGACUAUAGUCUCCAUUGGUAUCUCUGUUUGCACAGCUGUACUUUUUUUUAUUGUAUUUUAGAUAAAUAGAUAGAUUCUUUACUUACUUUUUCAUUCCUAAAUAUCAAACAUAUCACGUUGCAAUUUAACUAACAAUGUUUCUGUAUCAAUAAUUUUCCUUCCUGAUCACAUCUGUUAAAUGAACAGUUCACAUCCAAUAGUAACAGAAAUGGAAGGGAAAAACUCAAUGUUUGGCAGCAGGCAAACAAAUUUAAUGUAAUGUAAAUGUAAAGUUUUUGGUUGGUUCAAAGAAAUACAGUUUUUGUGUCUGUUACAUGCAUGGACUGCAAUGUAGGAAUGACUGAAUGUCUGACUAAUGUAUUCUGCAGGAUUUUCUUGCUGCAAGGCAACAGUGUUACACACAGUGCCACACUGCGACCCCAUUCCGAUCUAUCUUUGGAGUAUUUUAAUAACAGUUUAAUUUUGUUUAUACAACAGCACCAUGUGUACUCUAUCUGUGAAGAUAGUCCAGGCCUGGAAAAGCAUCCUUACUCAGGAAAUGUCUGUUGCUAUUUGGUCACUGUUAAAUUAGUUUUCAGUUUUUAAUAUUAAUUUGUGUUAAGGAAAUCUCUGCGUUUACACCUUGAAGCUUUCUCUCUCCGGUUCUUAUAUAAAUUGAAAGAAGAGAUCACUCAGGAAAGCUCUUUAAAUAACUCUUCAUAAUGUAUAUGCACUAAAUUAUAAUCUUUCUCAGACAGAGAAGUUGCUUUGAGUUACAGAAAAAAGCACUAACCAACCGGGCUCACAAGUCAUUGAAGUGGACCCGAAUCACUUUUAAAGAAGCAUUUUAUACAACUCCAGGUUGCCACAUCAUCACAUUAUUACAUCAUACACAUCUGUAAAUGAGGAGACAUCCAUGACUUCAGCCUUAUCAAAAUAUUACACAAUGCUCUUUUUCCAUUCCUAAAAUCUUUACUACAAGCAUAAUGAAGAGGACUUCUUAUCUUGACAGAGGAACUGUCCCAAUUAGAUCAACUACUUGGGAAAACAUUACUUCUGACAUACAACAUGCAUAUAUGAUUAGGGCUUAACACACUUAAACAUCCUCAAUUAAAAUUAUCUUAACGGUUUUUUUUAUUUUCCUAUUGUCCAAUUGUCCUUAUAGCUUGAAAACUAAAUUUCUGAAACACUGUGAAAAACUGUAUUUACUUUACAAACAUGUUAUCUACAAACAUAAUUCAGAAUAAAGUCAGAAAAAUGUCACAGAAAUCCACCUUGGAAUCGCGGCUUGAAAAGAUUGGGGUCUCUUACUAUCCAGAGUAUAAGAAUUCAAUAUGGCAAAAACUUGUUUGGGAUGUUUUGGCAUCCCAUUUCAUGCCUGUCAGUUGUUCAGCACCUUGGGCUUUCUGUUGAUUGUUUUUAAGUGUGCUCUAUAAAUAAAUAAACAUGAAAGAAAAAUAAA